GUAUAAGUCACCCAUACAGGUGUCGCUGACCUUUUCACAUUCAGACUUUCACUUGAACUACGGCCAUGACACAGCAGAUUCCAUUACCGUCAACAAAUGAUCUGGAAGCUACGUGGAAGUUUCUAGAGGACGGUAUUGAUCAGAUUUAUAACCGAUUGGAGGAAGGUUUGACUCAUGCCAGGUUCAUGAAUUUAUACACAGUUGUGUACAAUUAUUGUACGAGUAGUAGAAUUCAAACUGGUCAAUAUAGUACGGAUUUGCAAAACCAUCAGGCACAGCGCGGUGCCAGCUUAAUGGGAAGCGACUUGUACAAUCGUUUAAUCAAAUAUCUGGAGGAUCAUCUCGCUGCUAUCAGAUUGGAAUCCGAGCAGUAUAUGGAUGAGUCUUUGUUACAUUACUACACAAAGCAAUGGAAAAAGUUCACUGUUGCAUCGAGCUAUGUCCAUCAUGUGUUCAGCUACCUCAAUCGCCAUUGGGUAAAGCGAGAAAUAGAAGAAGGCCGAAAGAAUGAUGUUUUUGAAGUGUAUACUCUUGCAUUGGUCAGUUGGAAGAGACACAUGUUCAAAUACGUCCACCAUAAUGUGAAUGAAGCAGUGCUGAAGCUUAUCGAACGUCAACGAAAUGGAGAAUAUAUUGAAACCAGCCUCAUCAAAAGCAUUGUUGAAUCCUUUGUCUCCCUGGGUUUGGACGAUAACGAUGCAUCAAAAUUGAGUCUGGACGUCUACAAGAAUUGGUUCGAAGCUCCAUUCGUGGAAGCUACAGAGGUCUACUACAAGACAGAAUCUGAAAAAUUCAUCAGCGAAAACAGCAUCCCUGACUACAUGAAGAAGGCUGAGAACCGCCUUGCUGAAGAAGAAGCCCGUGUACAGAUGUACCUGCACCCAACCACGCAUCAGCCACUCAUUUCCAAGUGCGAGACAGUGUUGGUCAGAAACCAUGCGGAGGUCAUCUGGGAAGAGUUCCAAAAUCUUCUUAACUAUGAUAAACAAGAAGAUUUGCAUAGAAUGUACUCUUUGUUAGCUCGGAUACCAGAUGGCCUUAACCCAUUGCGUAGCCGGUUUGAAUUGCAUGUUAAAAAGGCUGGCCUCAGUGCAAUUGAGAAGAUUGCGGAGCAAGAAGGCGAGACUGUGGAACCUAAAACAUAUGUUGAUGCACUUCUGGAAGUCCAUAGAAAGUACAACGAAUUGGUACAAACUGCAUUCUCUGGUGAAGCUGGCUUUGUUGCCUCUCUAGAUAAGGCUUGCAGAGAAUUUGUGAAUCGCAACAAAGUUUGCAAGACAUCCACUUCCAAAUCUCCGGAACUUCUUGCUCGAUUUUGUGAUUCUUUAUUAAAGAAAAGCGCCAAAAACCCGGAAGAAAAUGAGUUGGAAGAUGUUUUGAACGGAACGAUGACCGUCUUCAAAUACGUUGAGGAUAAGGAUGUCUUCCAGAAGUUUUAUUCCAAGAUGCUUGCCAAACGUCUGGUUAACGGGUCAUCAGCGUCUGAUGAUGCUGAGGCUAGCAUGAUUUCAAAACUCAAAGAGGCCUGCGGUUAUGAGUACACAUCUAAGCUGCAGAGAAUGUUCACCGACAUGUCUUUAAGCAAAGAACUCAACGACAACUUUAAGGAAAGAAUGCAGCAAGGGCACGAUCCAAGCGAUCUCAACGACUUCAACAUCUUGGUUUUGAGUGCUGGAUCAUGGCCACUUACCGCACCUACCACUGCGUUUAAUAUUCCGGAAGAUGUGGUCAAAACUUACGAUCGAUUCCAAAAGUUCUAUCAAAGCAAACAUUCAGGUCGCAAGCUUAAUUGGCUGUUCCAACUUUCAAAGGCUGAACUCAAGGCUACUUGUUUCAAGGCAUCGAAAACUGGCUACACGUUACAGGUCUCUGCGUACCAAAUGGGCAUUCUUUUGCAAUACAACAAUGGAGAUACCUAUACCUUUGAAGAACUCAGAGAUGUUACCAAUCUGGCACUUGAAGCAAUCAUUCCUGCUCUCAGUAUUCUAGUGAAAGCUAAAAUUCUACUGUUGUCCAAUGGGACUAAAGUUGGUGAUAGCGGAUCCAAAUAUAGCUUGAAUACUGACUUUAAGAGCAAAAAAAUCAAGAUAAACCUCAACAUGCAAAUGAAAACGGAACAGAAAGUCGAGUCCGACGAAACUCAUAAAACUAUUGAAGAGGAUCGCAAGUUGCUUAUGCAGGCUGCUAUCGUUCGCAUCAUGAAAACCAGGAAAGCUAUGAAGCACGUUACGCUUAUGGACGAGGUUAUAACGCAGCUCCAAUCGAGAUUCAAGCCGCGUAUACCAGACAUCAAAAAAUGCAUAGAUAUCUUAUUGGAGAAGGAGUAUAUUGAACGUGUAGAAGGACAGAAGGAUAUGUUUAGUUACGUAGCGUAGAAAGUUGUUUAUACUAUCACCUUUGGUCUUUCUACAAUAUCUGAUGAAUACUAUACCAGUUUGCAUGGGAUUUAGUACGAUAAUAUGUUGUUGAGAUUUAAUUGAUGUUGUGUACACGGC